AUGAGAAUGGACAAGGAAGCCGAGCUUCGUUCUCUUGAAGGUGAAGUGUACACUUCACAAACACAGAGGCGCAAGGGUGGUCUUGUUACCAUGCCUUUUAUCAUUGCAAAUGAAUCACUUGCGAGGGUGGCAAGUUUGGGCCUUUUGCCUAACAUGAUACAGUACUUGAUGGGGAGCUACAAGCUUCACAUGGCCAAAGCAACCCAGAUACUUCUCUUGUCCUCUGCUAGCAGCAAUUUCACCCCUGUGGUGGCUGCUUUCCUUGCUGAUUCUUAUCUGGGUCGAUUCCUCGCUGUUGGACUUGGUUCUGCCAUCAGUUUUCUGGGAAUGACAUUGCUGUGGUUAACAACUAUGAUCCCACAGGCACGGCCUCCCCCUUGCAGCCAUGAAGCUGAAGGCUGUAAAUCGGCAACAGGAGGGCAAAUGGCAAUCUUAAUAUCGGCCCUUGCACUCAUGUCUAUUGGAAAUGGUGGUCUUUCAUGCUCCAUGGCAUUCGGAGCAGACCAGUUCAACAGAAAAGAUAACCCCAACAACCGGAGGGUUUUGGAAACAUUCUUCAGCUGGUAUUACGCUUCUGCUGCUAUUUCUGCCAUCAUUGCACUCACUGCAAUAGUUUACAUCCAAGAUAAUGUUGGAUGGAAAGUGGGUUUUGGAGUUCCAGCAGCACUCAUGCUUUUAUCUACCGUCUUCUUCAUCGUUGCCUCUCCACUUUAUGUAAAGAAUGAAGUACAAUCCAGCUUGUUCACUGGAUUUGCACAAGUGAUCGUUGUUGCCUACAAGAACAGAAAAUUUCCAUUACAGCGCACGAACUUCCCUGAACUUUACCAUCAUAAGAAGGACUCAGAACUUCUUGUUCCAACUGAUAAACUAAGGUUUCUGAAUAAAGCUUGUGUUAUAAAAUAUCCGGAACUAGAUAUAGCCUCUGAUGGUUCAGCAUCAAAUCCAUGGAGACUCUGCACAGUAGAUCGAGUAGAGGAACUAAAAGCCAUUAUUAGAGUAAUUCCCUUGUGGUCUACAGGGAUCAUGAUGUCAGUUAACAUUGGAGGCUCAUUUGGAUUGCUGCAAGCUAAAUCCCUGGACAGACAUAUCACCUCACACUUUCAAGUGCCACCUGGCUCUUUCACUGUAAUCUUGCUGAUUUCACUAUUUGUAUGGAUAGCUUUGUAUGAGCGAGUCAUUCUUCCUCUAGCAUCAAGGUUAAGAGGGAAACCAGUUAGAAUAAGUGCAAAGAGAAGAAUGGGACUUGGUUUGCUUUUCUCUUUUAUCCACCUAGUAGUUUCAGCAAUUGUUGAGACUACAAGGCGAAAAAGAGCAAUCGAGGAGGGAUAUCUUAAUAAUGGCCAUGCAAUGUUGCACAUGUCUGCACUAUGGAUUUUCCCACAACUUAUCUUGGGUGGCAUUGCUGAAGCAUUCAAUGCAAUAGGCCAAAAUGAGUUUUAUUACACAGAGUUUCCUAAGAGUAUGUCCAGCGUCGCUGUUUCCCUUUCUGAAUUGGCAAUGGCUGCAGGAAACUUGGUAUCUACUUUUGUAUUCAGCGUGAUACAAAACGUUACUUCAAGUGGGGGAAAACAGGGUUGGAUUUCAGAUGAUAUAAACAAGGGUCGUUUUGACAAGUACUACUGGGUUCUUUCUGGACUUAGUGCUCUUAAUAUAAUGUAUUACCUAUUAUGCAGUUGGGCUUAUGGACCUACCGUUGAUGAAAUACGUAUGUUGGGUGAAGAAAAUGGUUCAAGCGAGGAGGAAGCAUCCACUGAAUAUAGGAAUGGUGAUGAGGUUGAUGAAGACUUGAGAAAAUUGCUCAUAGGAUAG